GCUGGCAAGGGAGCAGCGGACCAGAGAGGGAACCGCCCCAGUCCACCCGAGGAUUCCGGUGCCUCCUCCCGCCAGUCCUGCAGAAAUCUACUGGCCAUGGCAGAGCCCCCGAUAGAAGACGAAGGUGAGGAAGCAGCUCAAGGCCAAGCCAAGCAGGAGUCCUCUCACCAAGCCAACGUGGCCGCCAAGAAUCUAGCCAUUUUGAAGGCUCGCUCCUUCGACGUCACCUUCGAGGUGGGGGACGAAUAUGAAGUCAUUGAGACGAUCGGUACUGGAGCUUAUGGGGUGGUGAGCUCAGCGCUCCGCAAGGACACAGGCCAGCAGGUGGCGAUCAAGAAAAUCCCGAAUGCCUUUGACGUGGUGAUGAACGCCAAGCGCACGCUGCGCGAGCUGAAGAUCCUGAAACAUUUCAAGCAUGACAACAUCAUUGCCAUCAAGGACAUCUUGAAGCCCUCUGUGCCUUAUGCCGAGUUCAAAUCUGUGUACGUCGUGUUGGACCUGAUGGAGAGUGACCUGCACCAGAUCAUCCACUCCUCCCAGCCCCUCACCUUGGAGCACGUCCGCUACUUCCUCUACCAGCUCCUCCGGGGCCUGAAGUACAUCCACUCGGCCAACGUCAUCCACCGGGACCUCAAGCCCAGCAACCUGCUGAUCAACGAGAACUGCGAGCUGAAGAUCGGCGACUUCGGCAUGGCCCGGGGCCUCUGCACCAAGCCCGACGAGUACAAGUACUUCAUGACGGAGUACGUGGCCACCCGCUGGUACCGGGCCCCGGAGCUGAUGCUCUCCCUGCACGAGUACACCCAGGCCAUCGACAUGUGGUCGGUGGGGUGCAUCUUUGCCGAGAUGCUGGGCCGCAAGCAGCUCUUCCCGGGGAAGAACUACAUCCACCAGCUGCAGCUCAUCAUCACCGUCCUGGGCACUCCUCCGGCCAAAGUGGUCCACUCCAUUGGGGCCGACCGGGUGCGGGCCUACGUCCAGAGCCUGCCCUCGCGCCAGCCGGUGCCCUGGGAGAGCCUCUACCAGGACGCCGACCGGAAAGCCUUGGCGCUGCUCUCCAAGAUGCUGCGCUUCGACCCCCGUGAGCGCAUCUCGGUGGGGGAGGCCUUGAACUACCCUUUCCUGGCCAAGUACCAUGACCCCGACGACGAGCCUGACUGCGUCCCGGCUUUCGAUUUCGACUUCGACAAGCAGGUGCUGACGAAGGAGCAGAUCAAGGAGGCCAUCGUGGCCGAGAUCAACGAUUUCCACGAGCGCCGGGAAGGCAUCCGGCGGCAGAUCAGCUUCAAGCCGGCUCUGAGGCGGGCUGUGAUCGGGGGCUGCGGGGAUGACGCCUCCGGACGGGCGCUGCUGCACUACUGCUACGAUGUUGACAUGCCCAGCGCUGGGUCGCCUCGGGCCGCCGACGGUGAUUACGCCAUGGCGUCUCCCGCGCCCUACCCGCUGAUGGAGACCAUCGACCUCACCUCUCCUCUCCUGGUUGCUGCGGCUGUCGUGCAGCCUGAGGUGAAGGCGGAGGUGGAGGCUCCGGCCGCCCCGCCCAAGCGGGAGGGGGCCAUCUCGGAUGACACCAAGGCCGCCCUCUUAAAAUCUCUCCGGAAUAAGAACAAAGAUCCCCCUUCGUCCAUCCCGGAGACGCUCGAGACAGCGUCGCGGAGACCGGUGACAGCGAAAGAACGCCAGCGGGAACGGGAGGAGAAGCGCAAACGCCGGCAGGAGCGGGCCAAGGAGCGCGAGAAGCAGAAGAAGGAGAAAGAGAGGGAGCGUAAGGAUAUGCUGACAGAGAACGACCGGAACCUUCUGGAAAGGUGGGCCAAGAUGGUCGACCGGACCCAGAACAAGCCAACCCAGAAUGGAACGCCGGGCCCGCCACAGGUGACCGCUGCCAGCCACAUCUUGCCUCAGGCCCCGUCCGCUAACCAUUUGCCACCUCAGGCGCCCCCUGCCGGCCACGUCCCGCCCGCCCCGCCCGCCCCUUCCGGCAACCGGCCCGCGCCUGCCGACUUCCUCGCCUUCUCAGACAAGCGGGGGCCUGGCAUUGGACCCAAGCUCACUUUGGUUCCGGUGGGUGCGGAGCUAGGCCCGGUCCAGGGCACCAGUGCCAACGUGGUUCAUUUCUUCCCGGCGCAGACCGCUCCAUUCCUGGUUGCUGCCACUGCCCCCCCACCCCCAGCGUGCCCCAAAGCCGCCCCCUCCAAACCGGAGUGCCUCCUGAGUGUCAAGUUUGCCCCGGGCCAGAUCUUCCAAGCUCCGUACAGCGUGACGGCCCUGAACGCCUGGGGUGGCGUCCCCCAGGCGGAGAGCUGGGCCGUGGCAGGGCAGCUGCCGGUGACUCAGCCGGAGAUGGUGCCCCCUAGAGGCCCACUGCCGGAACAAGCUGUGGAUUUCGGGGGCCGUGCAGGGGUGGAGCAGCCCCUCUUCUUGGCUGAGAUGGGCAAAUCUGAGCCCCCACCACAGGGUUUGGUUGGAGAGGAUGCCAGGGCCCCUGUGCCGCACCAGAUGGCCUCGGGGCUGCCUUUGGAGCCUCCGGAUAUCAACGUGGUGACGCAGCAGCUGUCUAAAUCUCAGGUGGAAGACCUCCUGCCCCCUGUCUUCUCUGGCACCCCGAAAGGCAGCGGCGCCGGCUAUGGGGUUGGGUUUGACCUGGAAGAAUUUCUGAAUCAGUCUUUCGACAUGGUGGGGGAGAACAGAGAAAGCCAAGGGGACUCUGCUCCGCUCUCGGCCUCCCUUCUCGCUGACUGGCUGGAAGUCCACCGCAUGAACCCAGCCGACAUGGAGUCUCUCCAGCAAGAACUGCAGCUGGGCUCUCCCAUGAUCCUCUCUGACAUUCCGGACCUGCAGGACGCAUGAACAGCUGGGAUACCAUCCGCCAUCUCCGUCUUCCUCCUUUUUAAAUUUUUCUUUUUGGGGUUGCCUACAAAAACAAACAAACGUGAACACCCCAGAGGCUGAGCCCACUUGUGGUGGUAAUGACAGGUUUAUUUGCCUUUCCGGACUACUAUGGCUGGGAACCUCACCACAGUGCCUGUUUUCUUUUAAGCAAAAGUUGGAUUGGCCUGGUGUUUGGGCCUGAGGCCUUUCUCAGAAAGCUCUGAGGUGGCGCUGGUGCACUCCUGUCUUCCCAUGUGGGUGCAUUGUGGGAACUGAGAAUGAAAGCUCUUCCAAGUCGAGGCCUUGGUAACGACACUAAGAAGGGUGUGUUUGUGUGCUACCACGGCUGUCGCCUUGGAAACCGGCGUCACACAAACUCCUUCCUGACCCCUCACUGUUUUUCCUUUACCUCACGGCCUGAAAUACGGAUACCGCUUCCACGCUUGGAAUACUGAAAGCUGUUAGAGGGUGGGGUGGGGUGAGCGGUGGUACAAACAUGUCCUCCGGGUCUACUGAUAAACAGUAGAAACACCGAGAAACAGAAAAGUACCACAUGCAGCCCCCUGCUAUAGCAAUCUUUGCUGUUAAAGCAUGACCCUCAGGAAAGAACUGGAUUGUGUGAAAGGGUCGCCCUGUGAGGGAUAGAAGCCUUGUAUUGAAUUAGACCAUUGGUCCAUCUAGACCAGGAAUGCUUAUAUCCUGACCAACUGCAGCUCCCACGUUCUCAGGUAGCGGCUUUUCCUGAGCUCCUUUAACUCAAGGGUGCAAAAACCUCAGGCCCGUGUGUCAAAUUUGUCCUUCCCGCGAUCCCAGUCCAGCCCUUUACGGGCGCCCAAAUAGCCAUGCCCCUCUUUCCCCAACCCCCAAUCGGGCGUAACAUCCGAGUAGCUGUUAGCGUGGCUGAAAAUGUAAGGUUAUAGGGGCACCCCAAACGUCCGGGAGUGCCUUUGCAAGACCUCGCCUGCAGCUGCCCCUGAGGCCUUGUUUACAUCUCUUGAGAUUCAGGGGAUGUUACCCUCUUUUUUCUUUUUUUUACACCCCUGUCUAGAGAGAGAAGAGAAUUCUAUAGUCUUGGGUUUUUCUUUUGGGGGGAGCGGGCAGGGGAGGGCAAGCAUCUCUGUGGAACUGUGAAUUUUGCAUAGCAGAGGUAACCUCCGCUCCCCGCUCAUAAUGAAACUGUUCAGGCCCCAGAGAUGUAGAGGGACAGAACUGGCACCUGUUGACCUGAAUUAACUCUUAAAAUUUCUUGGGGGGUGCGUGUUGGCUAUUCCUGUUGCAUCAAGAGUAAGAACAACAAAAGUCCUUAUUAAAACGAACAAGCUUUGGGCUCUAGUUGUCAAGUGUUUCUUCCCAGUUUCAUUCCUUUAUGGGGGAGUGGGGAGGGGGUUGAACCUUGUACAGAUCUGGAGGCUUCUGGUGCUAAGGGAGCGAAGUGGAAAUAUGAAACCCACCUCUGAAGGUCCAGAGGUCAGAUUUAAAAUGGAUUCUUGGAUGUGUUUUUGAUUUCGUACGCCACAGCCUAUUUGAAGCUCUGAAUGCUGCUGUCUGUACGUGUUGGGAGUACGUGGUGUGUAUUUUCUCCCAAAGUGGUGGUGACGUCUUAGGAUGAUUUGAGCAUUAAACUUUCUAUUAAAAUGUUGCUUUAUAUAUUUAA